UGGCAUAUGUAAGGGAAACUGUCCAUGUGGCAAAAUGUCUAAACCCCCCAUUGUUGCGCUUUUGUGGCCUCGGCCUCGCGAUACCACCUCGCUCCCCGUCGGCCAUAUAUAUCUGGGUGUCCAAAUUUUUCCAGCCUUAUACUGUGUGACUAGUGUGGAACAGCUAACAGUGGAAAAAUGUCUCAGUACUCAGGAAAGAUUGUGUUCUAUGAGGGAAAAUGUUUCACGGGGAGGAAGCUGGAGAUCUGUAGCGAGUGUGACAACUUCCAGGAUCGAGGUUUCAUGAACAGGGUCAACUCUGUCCGCGUGGAGAGCGGCGCCUUCAUCUGCUUCGACCACCCAGACUUCAAGGGCCAACAGUACAUUCUGGAGCAUGGAGAGUAUCCUGAAUUCCAGCGCUGGAAUGCUCAUAAUGAUCACAUGGGCUCCUGCAGGCCAAUCAGGAUGCACGGAGAGCACUACAGGAUGGAGCUGUUCGAGGGAGACAACUUCACUGGCCAGUGUGUGGAGCUGUGUGACGACUGUCCAUUUCUGCAGGCGCGAGGCCUGACCAAGAACUGUGUCAAUUCCAUCAAGGUUUAUGGAGAUGGAGCCUGGGUGUUGUAUGAGGAGCCUAACUACCGUGGCCGCAUGUACAUCGUGGAGAGAGGAAGCUACUGCACCCAUAUGGAGUGGCAGGCAGAGAACCCCAACAUCCAGUCUGUUCGCAGAGUGUCAAACUACUUUUAAAAGCACCUCACUGCCACUGACAACAAUGUGAUGGCAGGAGUUGGGAAACAUCCAUUGAAGAAAAACUCACUGUCGAGUAAUCUCACGCUGACUCUGUGGGGCCGUAAAAUAAUAAAAGAUGCAGAAAAUGUUUGACGUUGCUCAUUGUUUUAUUUUUGUACUGAAUUAUUCAAAGGCUGAAAUAAAGUAGUGAUCCUACAAUA